AGUGAGAGCUCAAACUCAGAGAGGAUCUUUGGCUGGCUCGUCCCCGGUAAAGGAGCAGAGUGAGAGCUCGUCCCCAGUAAAGGAGCAGAGUGAGCGCUCUUUGACGCAGAGAGGAUCUUUGAAGCUUCUUCCUUAACAGCAUGGCGGGCAGCGCGUGGAGGUCACUGCUGUCUCAGGCGGUCCGCAGACCGGCUCUGUCUGCAGCGUCCUUCUCCAGAGGGAUGAAGACUGUCACUCUGAUUCCUGGCGACGGGAUUGGACCGGAGAUCUCGGCCGCUGUCAUAAAGAUCUUCGAGGCAGCUAAAGCUCCGAUCAGAUGGGAGGAGAGAAACGUGACGGCUAUACAGGGACCAGGAGGACGCUGGAUGAUUCCUCCUGAUUGUAAAGAGUCAAUGGACAAAAGCAAGAUAGGACUCAAAGGACCUCUGAAGACUCCGAUCGCAGCAGGUCAUCCCUCCAUGAACCUGCUGCUCAGGAAGACCUUUGACCUUUACGCCAACGUGCGCCCCUGCAUCUCCAUCGAGGGCUACAAGACGCCGUACACCGACGUGGACCUGGUCACCAUCCGGGAGAACACGGAGGGAGAGUACAGCGGCAUCGAACACGUGAUCGUAGAAGGUGUUGUUCAGAGCAUCAAACUGAUCACAGAGGACGCCAGCAGACGCAUCGCUGAGUACGCCUUCGAAUACGCCAGAAACAACCAAAGAACCAGCGUGACGGCCGUCCACAAAGCCAACAUCAUGCGGAUGUCAGACGGUCUGUUUCUGAGGAAAUGUCGCGAGGUGGCCGAAAGCUACAAAGACAUCAAGUUCACUGAGAUGUACCUCGACACUGUGUGUCUCAAUAUGGUUCAGGAUCCGACUCAGUUUGACGUGCUGGUGAUGCCCAACCUGUACGGAGACAUUCUCAGUGAUCUGUGUGCCGGACUCAUCGGAGGACUCGGUGUUACUCCCAGCGGGAACAUCGGAUCAAAUGGAGUCGCCAUAUUUGAAUCGGUUCAUGGUACGGCCCCUGACAUCGCCGGCCUGGACAUGGCGAACCCAACCGCUCUGCUGCUGAGCGCCGUGAUGAUGCUGCGUCACAUGGGCCUGCACGACUGCGGCCAGAAGAUCCAGACGGCUUGUUUCGACACCAUCAGAGAAAAGAAGGUGCUGACGAAGGAUCUCGGAGGAAACUCAAAGUGUUCAGAGUUCACAGCUGAGAUCUGUCGUCGUAUUCAGGAUCUGGACUAAAGCUGCAGGACUCUCCGCUCGCUCUGACAUCACUUCCUGCUUCUCUCUCAGCUGUGUUUACAUUUUAGACAACAUGACUCUGUGAUGACAUCAUCGUCGCCGUGGUGACGGGAGGGGGCGGGGCCUCUGCAGCAGCUUCAUAUUGAAACAUUCACAGCCAAAAAACGCACAAAUGUCACAUGACCAAGUUGUAAUUACAUAAUUUCAGGAGUGUUUCUUAAAGUUUCUUAUUAAUAUUCAUAUAUAUUAAUUAAUAUUAAUAUUAAUAAUAAUAUCAGCACUCCACCUGUGUCUCAGUUUAUUGGAUAUUUAGUAGUUGUUUUAACGGUGAACCAGUGUAACCGUUUGAAAUGUCUUAUUUAUUGUUUCUACUUCCUGUUACUUUCUGAGACCAGAAAUAUAGAAACCUGUAAAGGAACAUGGACCACCUCUGUUUGCACACACACACGCACACACACACACACACACACACACACACACACACACACACACACACACACACACACACACACACACACACACACACACACAGAGACACACACAGACAGACACACACACACACACACACACAGACAGACAGACACACACACACACACACACAGACAGACACACACACACACACACAGACAGACACACACACACACACACACACACACACACAAAUCCUUGAAGUCAAACAUUAAUCAGAACGUGUGUGACAUGUGUGACAGUAACAGAUACAAUUCUACACUUCUAAUGAAAUAAAAGAGUCAAACCUGGAUUUACCUUCCAGACUGGA